UGUGGGGCUCCGUGCGCGCGGGUGCGGAUCUGGGUCGCUGCGGCGCGGACGUCAUGUCAGACAACGAGGACAAUUUUGAUGGCGAUGAUUUUGAUGAUAUGGAGGAGGAUGAAGGACUAGAUGACUUGGAGAAUGCUGAGGAGGAGGGCCAGGAGAACUUUGAGAUCCUCCCCUCUGGAGAGCGACCGCAGGCCAACCAGAAGCGGAUCACCACACCAUAUAUGACCAAGUAUGAGCGAGCCCGCGUGCUGGGCACCCGAGCCCUCCAGAUCGCGAUGUGUGCCCCCGUGAUGGUGGAGCUGGAGGGGGAGACAGAUCCCCUGCUUAUCGCCAUGAAAGAGCUCAAGGCCCGAAAGAUCCCCAUCAUCAUUCGGCUACCUGCCUGACGGGAGCUAUGAAGACUAGGGGGUAGACGAGCUCAUCAUCACGGACUGAGCUGGAGUCAUCUUCCCAGCUGCGCCUCACCCCAGCUCCUGUUCCCACAUCCUUUACACGUGUAAAUAAUAAACUCUCCAACCUUCCC